CUUUCCACCAAAGCUUCAUGGAAUGGGCCAUCUGCAGAUAUGAGGUUGACAAGAUGUGCCAGGAGCAGCCGUUUGUCUGCCCUCCAUGCACUCCCGAAAUGCUUGCGGUAGCAGUGGAUGGCAAUCGCAAGCAUUAUCGUUUCAAGAAGGCAGGGAGUCAGGACAGUCAUGGCCACUUGGACGGUGUUUUCCUUUGCGAGGACAGCAAGGUGUCAGAGUUUGUAGACCAUGUCCACAAGGCCACCAAGCAUGUUCCCGGAAAGGGUGUCUGUGGUGGGGCUGAAUUUGCUGCUGCUAAGGAGAUCUCCAGAAAAUCUAGCAGCAAGCUUGAUGAAGAGGGCAUUGAGCUUGCUGUCUGCAGGCAUGGCACAAUCCUUAGAGGCCUUAAUAUGUUUAGGGGGGAAAUAUAUGCAUAUGCCCUCUACUUGCAGAAGGAAUUGGGCAACACUGCAACUUUCUUCUGCACUGAUCUUAUGUGCAAGUACUGGCCCUACUUGCAGAAGGUCUGCAGAGUAUGCCCAGAACUACAACAUCUUCUAGGCAUGAAGCCCUUUCUUUCUGUCCUCCAUGCAAAGGCCCAUGGAAUGAAGUGUGAGAUCAAAUGGGGUGGGGGGUUCCAGGAGAAUGCUGCCUGCACCCUGGGAGAAGAAGUGGAGCAGGCCAACGCCUUCCUCUCCAGGAUAGCCAUUUCCACAAAAUAUAUGUCAAAAGCUGCACGCACUGACAUGAUCACACUCUUGUGCAUGGGAUGGAACCAAGCCAAGGUCCAGCACAUGAGCUCCUACCUCAGCAGACGAUUCCUGAAGACCAAGCAAAGUCUGCAACAACAAAAAGACAGCUAUGAGGCCUUAAAGACAGAGCUGUCAGUCGACAACUCCACAAUCCUGCAGUGGGUGACCGAUGUUCAGGAGUGGGCUGAGAGUGCACCAGUGGAGGACAGUGAUGCACCUGUGGAGUUGCAGAAGAAGAUGGAGGAAAUGUCUGCCAGCAUCAGGCAGAGAACACAUCGGCUGUACAGGCAGAAUGACACAAACAAGGGUCGCCACAGGAUGAGAGCCAAAAUAAGAGAGGAGAAAGGGAAGCUGGCUGCCCUGGUCCUGGAACAUAAUACACUUGUCCAGCCAUCCGAAAGAGUGGAGUCAGUGGAGUUAAUCUUCCAGCCGGAAUACAUAUUCCCUUGGCACGUUCCAACAUCUGAUACUGACAUUCUCACAAAAAAGAAGGUCUUUGAGAAGGUCAUGGGUAUCCGGAGGCUGGAGGAGGAAGAAGUGGUCCUCGUCAAAGAGAUGAAGCAGCACUGGGAAUACCUGAAGAGACGUGCUGAGGUCUUGGAGCAGUCAAUCUCUGGUGACUGUUGGAACCUGUCACCAAAAGGGAGGAAGGGACUCCAAAGUUUGCACCAGAGGAAACUUACAGAGUUGAAGUCUCACCAGGCUGUAGUGAGACAGAUGUAUCUCCAAUACCUCCACCUGGAUCUUACAGAACCCGACCUGGACCUGGAAGAACUCCUGGAAGAGGGCCAGGACUUUUUAAGCUCUGACACCAGCUCAGAUGAUCACGACGAUGUCAACACCUAGGCAUCGACAGAAUAUCAAUGUUAUGCAUUUGAAUUUGGGUAUUGUGAGACAAAUAAAUGCUUUU